CACCUCCAUGCCCACACACUGCUCUGCGCCCUUUCUCUUGCUCGUCCAGUCUCACCAAAGACAAGUGCCUGCACACCGCAUUGCCCCAUUCUCCAAUUGAUAGCCCUAAGCCCCAGCAUUCCUCCCCAAUGGCCUUCCCCGCCCUCCAUGCCCGCGCCGAGGCCAAGCCCCUCGAACACCGCUCCUGCCUUACUCCUACUACCGCUCAACACCUCCUCCAUGCGGGGUACCCCGUGCUGGUUGAGCGCAGCUCCACCGACCCCCACUAUACUCGUAUCUUCCAGGACGAGGAGUUCGAGCAAGUCGGCUGCACCCUCGUCGACGAAGGCGCAUGGGAGACUGCCCCCACCGAUCGCAUAAUCAUUGGCUUGAAGGAGCUCCCUGAAGCCGACACUCCCCUCAGGCACACCUUCGUCCACUUUGCCCACUGCUACAAGCUGCAGGCUGGUUGGGAACAGGUCCUGGCAAGAUUCCCCCGCGGCGGUGGCACCCUCUAUGAUCUGGAAUUUCUCCAGGAUUCGGCGGGUCGGAGAGUGGCGGCUUUUGGAUACCACGCUGGGUUUGCAGGAGCUGCCCUCGCUAUCAAGACUUGGGCAUGGCAGCUCACGCAUCCCACCGGAGAGCCCCUUCCAGGUCUGGAGACAUUCACUGGCGGCAAGGGCUACUACAACAACGAGAGCGAGCUGAUCGCACAACUCAAGGAGGAUGUCGUUGCCGGUGAGAAAGUCGCUGGGCGUAGGCCCACCAGCCUUGUCCUUGGCGCUCUGGGGCGAUGCGGUAGCGGGGCUGUGGACCUCCUCGAGAAAAUCGGCUGUUCCGAAAUCAAGAAGUGGGAUCUCCCUGAAACCUCGCAGCGAGAUGGCCCAUACCCGGAGAUCGUCCAAUCCGACAUCUUCGUCAACUGCAUCUACCUCUCCAAGCCCAUUCCCCCAUUCGUCAACUUGGAGAGCCUCAAGUCGCCCGACAGGAGGCUGAGCGUGGUAUGCGACGUCAGCUGCGAUACGACCAAUCCCCACAAUCCCAUUCCCAUCUACACGAUAAACACUACCUUCGACAAGCCCACUGUUGAGGUUCCCGUUGAAGGUGACGGUCCAAGACUCUCUGUUAUCUCAAUCGACCAUCUGCCUUCAGCUCUCCCGCGAGAAUCUUCCGAGGCUUUCAGCUCUGCUUUGCUACCAAGCCUGAUGGCCUUGAAAGACAGGUCCAGCACGCCUGUGUGGCAAGGCGCAGAGCAGUUGUUCCAGGAGAAGGUUGCAACGCUGCCAGAGGGGAUGGGCACGAGAGAGGUUUGAGCAGAAUCAGAAGAACACAUGUAUGAUACUAAGAAACUCUUUCUUUCAUGUUCAAAAAAAAAAAAAAGGCGCAAUAUUAGAACCGGUAUGAGCCAAUGAGCCAAUGAGCCAAUGAGCCAAUGAAG